AUGGCCCGCCAUUCUUUGCGAAUGCUUUGGAUUGCCUGGCUUUUCUUUCGCAUCGCCUGCGCGAUGCGCGAGAACGCCCAUGCGGGCCUCUUGCACUCGAUGAGCGCCUUCGACAACCUCUCGGCGAACGUCUCAGCGAACGUCUCGGCGAACGUCUCGGCGAACGGCACGCUUCGUGCUGUGGCGAACGCAACGGUGGAAGACAUGCUGCAGGAAAUGGCACAGCAGCAGGCGAAAAGUGAGCUGCAGCCCUUCCCUGAUGAUCCCUUCAAGGAUGAUCCAUGGUUCCAGAAACGCAGAGAUCCAAACUAUGACCCCUUCAAGGACGAUCCUUGGAAAAACAGGAACGAUCCCUUCAACAACCGCAACAAAGAUCCCUUCAACAACCGCAACAGCCCCAGCCCCAGCCCCAGCCCUCCGAGCAGUGAUCACAGUUGGUCAGGCCAUGAACAUCACUAUCAUCGUGCCGCAGCUGCAGGGGUUGGUGUAUUCGCGGUCUUUUGGAUUAUCUGGGCCAGCUUCUUUUGCUGCAUUUGCUGCAUUCCAACUUGCAUCCUUUGCCGCGGCCAUUUCAAGGCGCGGGCGCUGCGUGCUAAGUUGGAGCAUCUGCAGCUGAAGCAUCCGCCGCACGAUCAGCGGCAUCCCGUGAACAUGUUGAGUGAUGGGAUGAUGCGCUUGGCGCAGGAAGACCGGAUCUUGAUCAGGGAAAAGGUGAACAUGGCGCAGGAGCUUUCAGGCCACGUUUUGGGCUAUUCCAUCCAAACAGCCAACAGCUUCGAAGUGAUCUCUGUGGUGGGCGGCGGUGAACACGUCCUCAAUUGCCGGGAAGUGCAGGAUCUGCAGGCCAUGCUGGGCAUGAACCUGGCUGGUGGCCUCCAGGCGAUGGGCGUGGAAGGCGCAGGGCACUGGGCGGGCCGGGACAAGGCGCCCUUCCGGAUGCUGGUGGGGCUGCCGCCGGCGGCGAAUCCUAUGGAGACUGGAAAGAUACAAGUGACAGUUCCUGAAGGAGUAUCUUCCGGGCAGCAGAUACAGGUGGGACUCGCCCCGGAUUUGAGACGACACAGAUGUUGA